AUGUUCAAGGCGAUUUCGGCAAAAACAGCGGCUUUGCUUGAUAAAGAGCUUAUGUCUACCGGUGCUUUUUCCAUCGAUCAAUUGAUGGAAUUGGCUGGACAGGCGGUAGCCAAAGCCAUCUACAAGGAGUACCCACCAACAGAUAAAAAUCAAAAAGUUUUGGUUUUGGUCGGACCUGGAAACAAUGGUGGUGAUGGAUUAGUGUGUGCUCGCCACUUGAAGGUUUGGAAUUAUGCUCAACCCGUCAUCUACUAUCCGAAAAGACCCCAGAAUGAGCUUUACAUGAACUUGACAAAACAACUUUCCGAUAUGGGCGUCGAACAAUUGCAUGACUUGGGACAGGUCCAGUCGCUUUUGAAGGGUACUUCUGUCAAGGUUAUUGUAGAUGCCCUCUUUGGUUUUUCUUUCCAUCCUCCAAUCAGAGAUCCGUUCAAUGAUCUUUUGAAAUACUUGAGCGAUAAUAAUGCUGAGCUUCCUCCUAUUGUAUCUGUUGAUAUCCCCUCUGGUUGGGAUGUAGAUGAGGGACCUGGUGAGUGUGACAUCGGCGCAUCAAUGCUCGUCAGUUUGACAGCCCCAAAACCCUGCUCUGAGAAAUUCAUGGCCAAAGGAAAGGCACACUAUCUUGGUGGUCGUUUCAUCAAUGAUGACGUUGCUCUGAGAUAUGGCAUUGAGGACUACAUCAAAUUGUACAAGGAUGAUUCUUUGAUAGCCAAACUUAGCUAA